AUGGCUGCCUCGAGGCCCGCACGGCCAAAGCCCCUGGACUGGUCGGGCCCAUCUCAUCUGGCAAUCUUCAUCCGCAAUCUGAAGCUUCUUCAUCUGGAUCAGCGCGAUGAUUGGCCCGGUAUCACCAUUCGCGCGUUGUCCCCGUCGUCGCAGAACCAGCGCCAGCGAAUUCGCCUGAUAGAAUGGUCAUUAUACUAUCUGUUUACGAUAUGGGACCCUGAAGUAGCUCAAAAUAAACUCCGUCCCUUUUUCCCUCCGCUGGAACCCCUACAAUCCGUCAACCUCCGUGCAGCUCUCUUCCGAUCUCUUACCGAAUUGAAAAAAAAUGGCGAUCUCGGACGAGAAACAAUCCUUCGAAAGACAAUGCUGGACGACUGCAAAGGCGAGAAAUUUGAUGAAUUGCUUGCGGUGUUCUCCACGGCCGUCCUACGGAAGUUGGUGGCUGCAUCGGCAUCUGAAAUGAUCUGGAAUCCUGCCAUGACACUGUCUACCGCCUCCUCAAUUUCUCCAAGGGACUAUCAAUACCUCAUACCGUUGAUUCUUGCUCACCAGGUCUCCCUCAAUGCGACGGGUGCUCGCCGCUCACGUGUACAGGAGACGUACGAGCAGUUUUCGCAUCUGCUUGAUGAUAAGAAAGUCGAGCUUACAGAUCGAGCCAGCAAUCUGUCCACGCAAGAUAAAGAUCAGCCACGGACUGAUUUAGACGGAUUAACACAGGAGCUUCAAACCAAUUGGCUGGGCAGCGAGGAAUGGGCUACUGCUAUUCUGAAUGGCGGAUCGCACAGCAGCACCGACGGUUUUCUGGAGCUUCCUUUCUCCAAGGCCUGGAAGCAAGCUACGGAAUCGACGGUGAACGGUCUCGGCGGUGGAGUCAAAUCGGAUCUGGUGGUGGAUCUAGAGGCUCGAGUACUGCGGCUACGAGGUCGGCUGCGCAGGUGGCAUGAAUACAGUGACUCUCUUCGCGAAGAACGCGACAGGAGCUACGAUGCAAAUAGUUCCGCUCGUCAUGAAUCCCGCCUAGCGUUCCGAGAUCAUCAGUCAUUGACGGUGGCGAGUAUAUCAAAGGCGGUCCGAGAAUCAGCAGACCGCGGGAGAACCCUGAACGAAGCGGACCGGUCAUUCAUGUCGAGUGUGAAUGAGGCCAUCAUACGUGUGAACGGCAAGUCUCAUAUUGAAAGAACUCAGCCGUUGUCGGUGGCCUUUUCGGAGAGGGAUUCAACACCAGCCUCGGUGGUGAACGAGCCUCAACCGAUACGAUUAUCAAGAUUGGAGGAUACGCAACCUUCUAUACCUUCAACGCGCAAUUCUCCAGAACUACCAAUCGAGCCGCCGGAGCCCCUCCAUUCCUCACCUCCAAUUGUCCGACUUCCCCCCGACCCCCACUCCGAGUCAGAUGAGGAACCUGACCCAGAGCCUCUCAAGCCCUCAACAUCAACAUCAAGCUACACCCUCGUCGAACGCACCCGCAAAUCAAUGUCCCUUAUCCCACCCCUCCCAACCCAUGAAUCCCAACAUCCCCCCAAACGCCGAGGCCCACACUCUUCAUUCCCAGUAAACCAAUUCGAAACCCCACGCAAGUCCUCGCGUCCAAAGAUCACCCGUUCUUCUACACCGCAGGAUAAACUCUUUGAAGAAGACGCCGAUUAUGCGAGUGUCUUUAAAUCACGGCCUCGUAUUGCACUUAGUCCGAUCUCAUCGCCGGCUGUGCAUUUUAGUCCGUCGAUGGAUGAAGAUGAGAGCUUUGAUUUGGAGUAUGAUGAGGCGGGCUUGAGGGACAUGGAUUCGCCGUCGGGGACUUCUCGGUUUCGGGGGUGA